AGGUUCAGAUCUCCGACUCGUCUCUCUCUCCCAAGACUCUCUACCUUCCUUCCAGAAGGCAUGCAAAUCGUUUCACUUCCAAAUUGUUUGUGAUUUUUUGCUUCUCUGUGUUUCGUACUUCGUCUUGCACUUUGUCACUACUCGAUUUCUUGGUCUUCGUACCUCCAAUUCUCUCCUGCUUAUUCCUGUGGUUCUGACUUGACUUCAGGCUCCGGAAGAGAACUACCAUUUUUAUAGCUUGUCGCCGUGGUUUGUCUCUUCUAAUAGCUACUGUUUCGCUGUGGUUUGUUCUUCAAAGAUCUCUUGAGCUGCACGUGGUCAUGGAUCAACACCUCACUCACUCUACCAAUUCUAUGAAUGGUUUCAAGUUCAAUGAUGAUGUCUUUUCGCCGGCAUUCGAUGAAUCUGAAAAUCUCGCAAACAGAUUCAAUUUUGAAGAUGACACUAGAGAUCUUAACUUCAUGGAGCUUCCUUAUCUUCCUCAUGAUCCCUACCCUGGUUUUGUGAAUUUGAUAUCCAGUGGAAGCUCUGAAGUGGAUUCUCCAGAUGAUAUUGGCCUUUCCGAUAAUGUUUUAAAGUUCAUAACCACAAUACUCAUGGAGGAGAACAUGGAGCAGAAGCCUAGUAUGUUCCAUGAUCCUUUAACCCUACAAGCUACUGAGAAAUCCUUAUAUGAUGUCAUUGGAGAAAAGUACCCUGUUUCCACAAGUCAACCCCCUCUUUACUUCAAUCACAUUGUCGAAAGCCCAGAUGAGUCUUUCUUUGGUAGUUCCAGUGAGCAUAGUAGUAACAGUAAUUCUAGUGGGUCUUUCUCUGUUGAUUCUCAAUGGAAUGUUGAUCCUGGAGAGUAUCAGCAGUCUGUACAAGGUUAUUCUGUCGCAUACCCAUUUGGGACGUCAUUUGGCUCUACGGAUAGGUUCAGUCAUAAUGGUAGUGGUCAUAUGACCUCUUAUAUGAGUAGCCAUUUGGUUCCAGACAUAUUUAGCGAUCGCCAGUCCAUCUUGGAAUUCAAUAAAGGGGUAGAGGAAGCUAGCAAGUUCCUUCCUCAAAAUAGUCAAUUGCUCAUCGAUUUGGAGUGCUAUGACCUGCCUCCAGAAUCUAAUGGAGGGGCUCCGGAGGUUGUAGUCAAGGUGGAGGAUACAAGGGAAUCCUCGCCCAAUGGAUCACGGGGUAAGAAGAAUCAUCACCGCCAGGAUAGUUAUAAUGUAGAAGAAGAGAGGAAUAGCAAGUUUUCAGCAGUUUAUGACGACGAGUCCGAGUUGUCUGAGAUGUUUGAUAAGGUUUUGCUAAUCGAUCCAAAAGUGGAGGGUGCAUGCUGUCAUGGUGAUGAAAAAGUACUGAGUGAAGCUACGAAGGCCACCCAACUGACUGGACAACCCCAGGGAUCUAGAGGCAGAAAGAUUCGUGGUAAAAAACAGGGAAACAAAACUGAAGUGGUCGAUUUGAGAACACUCUUGUCCAAUUGUGCACAAUCUGUUGCUGCUAAUGAUCGCAGGACUGCUAAUGAACAACUAAAGCAGAUUAGGCAGCACUCCUCUCCUUCCGGUGAUGGGUAUCAGAGGUUGGCCUAUGUUUUUGCCAAUGGUCUCGAGGCACGUUUGGAUGGGACCGGAAGCCAGAUCUAUGCCGCCCUAGCUUCCAAGAGAAUUUCAGCUGCUGAAAAGUUAAAAGCUUAUCAACUUUUUCUUUCAUGUUGUCCUUACAAGAAGAUGUCGAUAUUCUUUGCAAACAAAACGAUUAUAGAUUUAGCUAUGAAUUCUAGCAAAAAGAAGCUUCACAUUAUAGACUUUGGAAUCAUAUAUGGUUUCCAGUGGCCCAUGGUUAUCCAAUAUCUGUCAAUGAUUCCUGGUGGGCCCCCUGAACUUCGAAUUACUGGGAUAGAGCUUCCACAACCCGGUUUUCGUCCAGCAGAGCUUGUUGAGGAGACAGGGCGUCGCUUGGCAAAGUAUUGUGAACGCUUUAAUGUUCCAUUCAAAUAUCAUGCCAUAGCACAGAAGUGGGAAACUAUCAAAAUUGAGGACCUCAACCUACAUAAGGACGAGGUGCUUGCUGUGAACUGCCUCUUCCGGUUUAAGAACCUACUUGAUGAGACAGUAACGGAGGAUAGCCCAAGAGAUGCUGUUUUGAAGUUAAUUAGGAAGAUGAAUCCAGACAGUUUCAUCCAAUCAGUCGUUAAUGGAUCUUACAAUUCCCCUUUCUUUGUCACUCGGUUUCGUGAGGCUCUCUUCCACUACUCUUCACUGUUUGAUAUGAUUGACACUAAUAUACCCCGUGACAAUCAAGAGAGGAUGGAUUUCGAGCAAGAGUUCUGUGGGCGCGAGAUUACGAAUGUAAUUGCGUGUGAGGGGGCGGAAAGGGUAGAGAAGCCUGAAACAUACAAGCAGUGGCAAGUUCGCACUACGAGGGCUGGUUUGAAGAUGCUCCCAUUGUCACAGGAGAAUUUGACGAAGUUCAGGUGUAAGGUGAAGGCACAUUAUCAUAAUGAUUUCGUGAUCGAGGAAGAUGGUCAAUGGAUGCUGCAAGGAUGGAAGGGUCGGAUUUUCUGUGCUAGCUCCUGCUGGGUACCUGCAUAGAGCUUUUAUGGUUCUGAAUUGGAGACUAUGGCUUUCUGACUGAGGAAGCUGGCGAGAAUGUUUGAGAACACAGUCAAUGGUACUGCAUUCUUCAACUUUUAGUUACUUCGUACGCUAUCUCUAAUGCACACACACCUGUUCAAAUAUCUACAUGCUUGUAGUUAUGUUUUUGUUUUGUGAAUAUGAGGAAUUCCUUGAGACCUAUAUCUUGCGCAUAUUUUUCAUGGUUGUACGAGUUUGACUCUGGUUUUCAAAUUUUGUAAAGCCCCAACUAGUCGGAAAGGAGCUGAAUUUUCUGUUUACUGUUUUUCAGGUAAUCGAUAGUGACAAGUCAUGCUCUGAUUUACCAGAUGUUAUCUAGGAGUACUCCCACUUAGGGGCGCAAUCUCUUACUCGUGGCUUUGAAGAAACAUCAUCCAGACAUUGUUUUGGGUUAUCGAUCUAUCCUCUUUUCUUCAAAGAAAAAAAAGGAUUAUGUGAUGUAAAAAUGGUCUAGCAGAGUAAAGGAUUGUCACUUAUCAAGAAGUACCCUGUUGUGUUGAUGAAUCUACCCUUGUAGAACCACUCACUUGUAUCGAGAUUUCGUCAACUCACCGUGUUCUUUCCUUUCCCUUGCUGCGUUUUUGGUGGAUAUUUGACUUUGAGGAUGGUGUACUACUUGUUUCUUGUAAAAAUCACAAGCUCGUAGCUUUCGGGUUGUUUGGUCAGGUGUGUACAAAUGGAAGUACAUUUUGAGAUUCUGUUAUUUUAUCUGGUCUCUCCUUACUGGUUGGGUAAUA